AUUGUCAUUGACAGCUCUUGUGAACUUGUGAAUUUGUUUUAGGCAAAAACAAAAUGCCAGCCACAAUUAUUCAUAGGUUCAUAUUAUGUGUUGGAUUUUUAUCUUUAUCUCACGCCGGAUUUUCGGCAGCACAACACCGCUCGUAUUUAAGAUUAAAUGAAUUGGAUUUCACACACUUGCCUUUAGAUAUUUUUAUCCAAGCUCUGAUUAGUUUGUUCGUAAUCAUGUAUGGUGUACUUCAAGUUGCUGGCGAUUUUAAGGAAAUAAAGGCUUCAGCUGAGUUGGAAAGUCGUUCUUGGGAAACUUUUAGAAAUGUACCAUCAUUUUACACUUAUUCACAUAGAGGAAAGGCAUUUUCAAAAAUGUAUAAACCACCACCAACUAAAGAAAGUUUGGAGGAAGACUAGGAAAACCUUUAUAAUUGGUGGGAAAAUUAUUAUAGGUUUUAGUGUUUAAAUAAUGUUUUGAUUUUUUAUGUUUCUGUUGUGAUGGCUAAUUUAUAUUGAAUUAAUA